AUGCCCGGUCUCAUCUACCGGGACCUCUCAUACGAUUUCAACGGACAACAUACUCAUUUUUCAAUAACUCAGCACGGAAACGUGGAUCUGGUGGUCUUCUCAUCACUCGGAAGGAUAGGACAAGUUAUUGAAGUAAUAUUUCCUGAAGCAAUUAUCACUGAAGCGUUAUCUACACAACAGCGAGUAGAAUACGAUACAAAGCUACUGCUCGGAGGUGACGAGGCAAACGCGGAUCUGUUUAUCCGGCGGCUUGUGCUGUAUCUGGCAUCAAAAGGUCGGCGGAAGCGUUUGAUCGUUUCAAUUGGUAUGUCUGAGCGGUGGUUAAACUUGGCUGCUAUCUAA